AUGCGUCAAAAUAUCUCCAAACAGAUCAACAUCCCAGCCGGUCUGCACCAGGAGGAGUGGCAGCCAGCUAAAACUCAGAGGAGCCAAUCUGUUACCCCCCCUCCCCCCAUCUUUCUGCCCAUUGAUCGGCCCUCCUCGUGUCUCUCUGGGAAUGAUGGCGUCGCCAGUGUUGCCGUCCUCUCUGUCGCAAUGACGAUGCCGUUCAGCCCCCUGUCCAGCGACGAGGAGCACCAAAGGAUGCUGGGAAACAACAGACGCCUCUACCCCGGGGCGGAAGACGAGGAGGAAGAGGAGGAGGAAGAGGAAGAGGAAAUGGAAGAAGACGAACGCGACGAGGACAGAGAGGAGGAGAACGGCGAGCUGGACGGGGAGGAGGAGGACGAGGAGGAGGUGGUGGAGGAGGUCAGGCGGGGGGGCGUGUCCCGGAUGGGCCGGGGCGAGGGACACAGGCAGUCCACAAAGAUGGCUGCGCGGCCCGCCGCGGAUCGAAAUGUCAGGCCGGGGAACCCGGGGCACACCUCGAACCCUUAUUCGUCCAACCCGGCGCCCGCUCACCAGCCGUCGGCCAAUCAGGCGCAGCCCCCGCAGCAGCAGAGGAGGCUGAAGGAGCGCAGCGCCAACUCCAUGGCGUCCGAGGACACGCACAUCGCCAUGAUGGUGUUCCGCAUCGGCAUCCCGGACAUAAAGCAGACGAAAUGCCUGAGGUUUAACCCGGACGCCACCGUGUGGAAGGCCAAACAGCAGGUGCUGUGCUCCCUGACCGAGUCUCUGCGAGACGUGCUGAACUAUGGCCUGUUCCAGCCCGCCACCGACGGCCAUGACGCCAAGUUCCUGGAAGAGGAGAGGCUCCUCCGAGAGUACCCGCAGUCCUUUGAAAAAGGAGUGCCGUAUCUAGAGUUCCGUUAUAAAACCAGGGUUUACAAGCAGACUAAUCUGGAUGAGAAGCAACUGGCCAAGCUGCACACUAAGGCCAGCCUGAAGAAAUUCAUGGAUUACAUUCAAACCAGCUCGGUGGACAAGAUGGGCAAGUUCUUAGACAAAGGCCUGGACCCAAACUACCAGGAUGCUGACACUGGCGAGACCCCCCUGACCCUGGCGGUGCAGUGUGAACCAGGCGGGGGGGAGGCCCUCCGGGUCCUGGUGGACGGGGGGGCCCACAUCGACUUCCGUGCCAAAGACGGACUCACACCGCUACACAAAGCUGUUCGAGGCCACCACCACGCAGCCCUGCUGGUCCUCCUGUCUCUGGGUGCGUCUCCGGACUACAAAGACCGGCGAGGGCUGACGCCGCUCUACCACACUGUGCUGACGGGGGGGGACACCUCCUGCUGUGAAACCCUGCUCUACCACCGGGCCAAGGUGGGCAUCAGGGACGAGAACGGCUGGGACGAAACACAUCAGGCCUGUCAGAAUGGGAAUUCACAACAUCUGGAGCACCUCCUCUUCUACGGGGCGGAUUCUUCCUCCCAGAAUGCCUCUGGAAACACUGCCUUGCACAUCUGUGCUUUAUACAACAAGGAAAGCUGUGCACGAAUUCUGCUUUACCGUGGAGCCAAUAAAGACACAAAGAAUAACAGUGGUCAGACCCCUUUCCAGGUGGCUGUCAUGUCUGGGCAUUUUGAGCUCGGGGAAAUUAUCAAAAACCACCGGGACACGGAUGUGGUUCCUUUUGUGGAGUCUCCAAAGUACGCCCCCCAGAGGCGGGAGAGCACCCGGACCCUGACGAUACCCCACCCUCACCCUUUCCUUCGGGCCAACAGCGACAACAGCAUGAAUCUGCCCGACUGGAUGGCGGUGCCCAACGCCCCGGGCACCAACAUCGUCUCUGUGCAGGGCUACAAACAUACGGGAACUCUGCGGAGCUCCAGCAGUCCCAGAGGAGCCCGGACGCGCUCGCCUUCGCGAGGGAGGAUCGGAGACAAGGAGGACCGGAGCAGGCAGAGCCGGCGGCAGGGAGCUCCUCCGGCCAGCACCACCGUGCAAACUGCAGGCCAGCGGAGGCGGCUUUACAGCGCCGUCCCAGGACGAGUCUUUGUCGCCACUCGUACGCACUCGGCACAGGGAGAGCGGGAAAUAAGCUUCACUAAGGGAGACAGGGUCAAAGUUUUGAGCAUUGGUGAAGGCGGGUACUGGGAGGGAACGGUCAGAGGCCGAACUGGUUGGUUCCCCUCUGAUUGCGUGGAGGAAGUGGUGCUUCGAAGCCAAGAUAACCGUUCAGGUGAGCACAAAAUGCUCACACUCUACAGCAGUUUAUUUCUUAUUAUGUCAUCAAAUUACAUCCUCAAUAAAGCCGUGGAGAGCGAGCCAAAAGGUAAGAGCAGCUCGCUGAAUAUCCACCGCCGGCCGUUUGAGAUCAGCCAGUUUCCCGUGGAAAUGCACUCACAUCUGCAUUUUCCUGAGGCAGCAGCCUCAUAA